CGAUUAUGUGCAUGGUGUUAAAACGUCAUCAUAUUUGCAGAGCUUUUUGUAACAUGUUCCGCAGAGCCCUCGCCUUUUUCUGUCUCCCUUGUGGGCGGGAGACCGACACCGAAGAUCUUCGUGUCGUAGCGGUCUGCGAUGAUGACGCAGAACCUGAACUAUUGUACCCACAGGAUACCAACGUGGUGUGGAUGCGGUUCCGUUUGGGCCCCGGUCAAGAGGAAGGCAUUCCUCCGAUGUCAGAAGAGCCGCAGAAGAUGCUGACGUCAGCUGGUGCUGCAGACGUCUGUGCUGAGAAACUUCCUUGGCUACAGGACACGCAGCAAGACGAGCGCACCGUGGGAAAGGUGAACGACGCGACUAUCAUCUCGACGGUCGCCGUGGUGCACUCCACCCCAGACGAUGGGGCUUCCAGUGAAGAGGAGGUGCCGCCCCCAGCUCGCCGCAGACGCGGCUGCCGCCGCUGCUGGGCGGAAAGACUGGGCGCCAAGGUGGUCGUUCUGCCCCACGGUCGCCAGGGCUACCGCCUGAAUAGGAGAUAAAACUUUGACAUCGGGAAGGAGAACUGAAACCCUGCAGAUACUGCAAAUUUCUGGUCAUGUGAAAAUGAUACGGUUCACAACAACAACUGGGAUGACAGCCUCUCAAUCUUUCCACGAGAUGUUGUGAAAUAAUAAUAUUCAGCAGGACGCUAAAAAAAAUUACAGCUUGCUGGAGAACAUUGUUUGUAAGUAGAAGAGAUGUAGCCAGAGUUAAUUAUAAAAAUUAUAACGUUGGAAAUGAACUGUAUCAUAAGUGGUCUGCAGGUAACUAAACAGGAUAAAAUUCGAAAUGAAGUGUAGCAGACAAUGGAGAUAAAGUGCUCUAUUUGCAAAAUCUUUGGAGAAUACAGCGCUUCAAAUUUACCGACGUAUCGGAAGACUGGUCAACCAUUUCUGGCGAAGGAAGGUAUUAAACUGGGGGUCGCGCGGAAGAAAGAUGAGGCGCCAAUGUUAAGAUGGGAAGAAUACUGCCAGAAACAAUGGAAGACCGGAUGACUGGAACAGCAGCGAGCCUGCCGAGGUCGAAAGUGACUAAAUGUUAGCAUCAAACAACGUCGAAGAAGAGAAAAACUUUUUCGCUGCUCGCCUUCGACUUAUCGUGCAAAUUGGAAAAAUGAUACUGACGGAGCAAAGGGUGAUUUGCUGAACUGUUUUUCACCGAUUCAUUGUUUGUCUUUGAUGAGGUUUUUGGAAACCAGUGAUGGAAGUCAUUAAAUCCGAACAACAACGUAACACUUGAGCUUUCUCAAAUCCAGCAAGUAGUUUAACGACGGUAAUUGGUGCAGUGGACCGUCCGGUGUUUCUGAGAAGAAGUAAAAACAUUAUUGGUUUUUGUGCCAUUUUCUGGUUGAUGUUACUAAAGUCAGUGUUUUGUAUAUUAGCAAACCCUCUUGGUUAACACUCAAUAAAAUUUUAAUGAUAUCA